AUGUAUCAAAAUUUCAUUUUCAACACCAAAAUUUUUCAAAAGCCAUUCUAUUGUGCUGUUGCAUUCCUUUCAGCAAAACAUAGUGAAGUCCGGCACAAAGUUGGUGGCAUAGGCCCAUGCGUUAUUAGCGACUGGGUCAGCCAAAUGGUCAUACAGGUUCUCAAUUGGGCCCUUUCCAGUGACAAUGGCCUGCACAAAGAAGCCAAACAUGGAGAACAUAGCCAGCCUCCCAUUCUUGAGCUCCUUAACCUUCAACUCGGCAAAGGCCUCCGGGUCAUCAGCCAGGCCCAACGGGUCGAAAGCCCCACCAGGGUAGAUCUUGUCCAGGCCCUCUCCAAGUGGGCCUCCUCCGACUCUGUACCCUUCAACAAAGCCCAUGAGAACAACCUGGGUGGCCCAAAUAGCCAGGAUGCUCUGGGCAUGGAUCAGGUUCGGGUUGCCCAAAUAGUCGAGCCCGCCUUCUGA